AUGAGGCUUCAAAAUCCCAACAUCUUGACGGUGGUCAUCCUGUCCCAGCUGGUGCUGCGUCGUCAGAAGUCGUCCUACAAUUAUCUCCUGGCCCUGGCGGCCGCCGACAUCGCGGUCCUGCUGCUCAUAGUUUUUGUCGACUUCAUACUGGAGGACUUCAUCCUGGCCGCGCCGUUGCCGCCAUCCGUGAACAGCGCCGUGCAGGUGCUGGAGUUCUGCUCCAUCCACACGUCCAUCUGGAUCACCGUGCCCCUCACCGUUGACCGCUACAUCGCCGUCUGCCACCCGCUGCGCUACCACACCGUCUCGUACCCGGCGCGCACGCGGAGGGUGAUUUUCGCCGUGUACGUCGGCUGCCUGCUCUCGGCCGCGCCGUACUACUGGUGGCCCGAGUUGUGGCACAGUUCGCCCGCCGUGGUCGGCGACGGCGGCGGCGAGAGUAACGGUCGAACGGCGGCCCAACACGUCCUGGUGUGGGCCCACUGCGCCACCGUCUACCUCCUCCCCUGCGCCGUCUUCUUCACCCUCAACGCCGUCAUCGUGCGCAAGCUGCGUCGCCGCCGCAGCUGCUUCCGCAUGCGCGGCUACUCCACCGGCAAGACCACCGCCAUCCUGCUCGCCAUCACCUCCAUCUUCGCAGUUCUGUGGGCGCCCCGCACCCUCAUGAUUCUUUACCACUUCUACUCGCCGCCUCCGGCCUCGCCGGGCGCCGGCCGGCUGCUGCACGCGCUGACGGACUUGGCCAACAUGCUGGCCUUGCUCAACACCGGCGUCAACUUCUUCCUCUACUGCUUCAUCAGCAAGCGUUUCAGGGCCAUGGCGGCCAACGUGCUGCAAGCGCUGGUCCGCUGCCGAAAGCAGCCGCAGCCUUUCUACGCCAGCCACAAUUUCUCCAUCACGAGCAGUCCGUGGAUCUCGCCCGCCAACUCCCAUUGCAUCAAGAUGUUGGUGUACCAGUACGACAAAAACGGGAAGCCGAUUUGUAUUUCCUCUUGA